AUUCGGAAGACUCCGACUAUACGUCGGACCUCAACUACCCGGUGGGCCAACAUGCCAACUGCAGCGCUUCUCAGUUCAGGAGUGCAGCGCAUCAGAUACAUACGCCACAGAGGUCGCUGGAGGCAUCUCGGGAGAAUUCGUACGAGCGGGAGGAAUACCACAUGCAUGGCGAUACCGAUCCCUUGUAUUAUAACAGCCAGCCGCGAACGAAUAGGAUAGAAACAUGGUCGCAAAUGCACGCACAGGCGAGUGUGGAAUCUGCGUAUUCUUGGCGAACAGCAACAGAUUGGCAAUCGGGAGAGGAGCAGCGAAGGCCGAGCUUAGAGCGUCAGAAUACUUUAUAUGAUGACAACAUGGGCUACGGCUACGACGUUUACACCACUAGCACGCACAUAAGGGACCAUUCGCAUUUAUCACAUCAGCCAAGCUACGAGGAAUACUAUGACUCGAGUAGCUAUCCGUACGGGUCGUACGAGGCGCGGCCGUGGGGCAGCCGGUAUUUGUUCGACGAUGGCUACGGCCUCACCUCCACUGAGUAUGAGAACAUCGUCAACAAGCGCCGCUCCUCUGUCGUCCAAUUACCUCAGCUGCCGACCAAACAGUUUCCCCCCUCAUCUCGUUAUUCGGAUUACAACGAGAUGGCUCCGUACCGGCCUCGGCCGAGGAGAACGACGGCUAGUCUUCCUGCAACGCCAUCAUCGACGCCCAAACGUGGUCGUGCGUUGCCGUUGCCGCCGGGAAGCGAGCAUGGCGGCACUCGGCGGGGCAGACGGCUGCCGCGGCCUCCACGUGCCUCCCGUCUGCCCCCUGCGCCCGCUGUCCCCGCGCCCCUCCCGCAGCCGGCGCCUAUUGUUGCGUCGGUCGCACCUGUUGUGCCGGUCGUGACCACUCAUACACAUGUGCCUUACACACAAGAAUCAGAGAGAGCCGUACCUGACGUAAGUUAUGAUUACAACACUUACGGCUACCAAUCUCAAUAUCAAGACACUGCCAUUGAACAGUACCAAGACACUAAUUAUAAUGCCAGUUAUGACGACGAAGGUAUGCAACCUUUCUUCGAUGAAACACCUCAUGCAACGCCGCCUGCUGCAACUGCUCAAAAAUCAACGUGGGGUGAAACAGAAACCACAACACAAUUAUCAUAUACUGUUAAAAGUGAUGUAGAUACGAUAACGUCGAAAACUGUCACAACUACAGUUAAUUAUUUACCACAACCGCCUGUAACAACUAAACAAGAUAGUUAUUUAAGUAAAAGUUACCAACAGAGUGAUUUGCCUUAUGAAAGUCAACAACAAUAUAACUACGAAAUUCAAGAUCAGGAUUACAAAGAGGAUAGUAAUUACUUAGAAACGAAAACAGAUUACCAGUAUCAACAACCGUAUGAAUCAUCAUAUCAAGACAAUUUAACACAAAGCCAACAGUACGAACAACAGCCAGAGCAACAAACAUAUCGAUCACAGUUUGAAGAGAAGCAAUAUGAUCAACAAACAUAUGAACAAGAUCAAUACGAAAAAGGUCAUUACGAAGAUCAACAGUAUAGUCAAGAACAAUACGAUAAACAGUAUGAAACACACUACGAGUCACAACAAUAUCAAGAUCAGGAACAAGAUUACAGGCAGCAACAAGAACAACAAGAGCUACAGCAGCAACAAUAUGAACAGGAACAGGAAAAGUAUCAUCAGCAACAAUUACAACAACAACAGGAAUUACAAAGAGAGCAGCAGCAGCAGCAACAACAACAAUUACUACAACAGCAGCAACAGCAACAGCAACGACAGCAACAGCAACAACAACAGCAGCAGCAGCAGCAGCAAAAGCUACCCACACAACAACUUCAGUCCACUGUAUUAACGGGAGCAGCUACAUUAGGUUCUCUAAUGGCUGGCGGUGCUAAAAAACUUGGUAGUUUCUUUGGAGCCGCGGCCGCCGCAGUUGCUCCGCCGUCACUAAGCCAACCAACAACAACAGUACAAGCAACUACAACUUCUGUAAGUCAAAUGACACCUACUGUAGCUCCGUCAACCCCAUUUUCGAGUACCACAGCUCCCGUUACCACAUCCGUCCCCGAAGUGCCAAAAUCAGUAACAGUUACUGCCGCUACAACUACAAGUACACCUGUCUUACCAAGGACACCAUCACUCAGGAGACAGGAAUCUAUACAAAGACCUUCAGUGCGACGAACACGGACAUUACCGGACGCACCGGAGGACUUUGCUCAAACGAGUUUUGACGAAAGUGCCUACGAAGAAGAGUACCAAAAGACUGAAUUAGAUCAAAGCAUAGACCGAGACAGAACUUCUUUAGACAGGUAUCAUGAUGAAGAGUUUAUGCAUGACACAAUUCAAGAAGAAAUUGAUACAGAAACCCACGCACCUGAGGUUUCGAGCCCGAGCUUAAAAAAGACUGCUUCCCCUACGAGAACUCUCUCACAAAUUCGUAAGCCUUCCGUUGAUAGUUACCAUAGUCAAGCACCAUCGAUACCUGAUCGAAAGACUUCUCAAAGUUCUGUUCAGAUAGAAGACAAAUUUCUCGUCCCAACUACACAAGAAGAAGCCAUUAGUGAUAAAUCAAAAGUGACAUUUCAAGAUGAACGAACAACAUACCAUGAAGUGCCAGAAGAGUUUGAUACAUUUCAAACAUCAAGAGAUUCGUUUGACGAUCACGGUUCUGAAUAUCAAGACGAGGAACAAAGUUUCCAUGAUCGAGACGAUGCAUUUAGAGAAGAACCAGAAAAAUUCGAAGAAGAACAUUUUAACGAAGUAGAUGAAGCAUAUAACGAAGAUGAUACAGUAUUCCAAGAAGACGAAGAAAGAGAAAAAGCAGAACAGUUGGAUUUCCAGCCGGAACAACCGAAGCUGACGCCAAAACAACGGUGGCAUCGUGCUUACAACAAAAUCGUCAUGCAGCUAAACAAUGGAUCUGGCGGAUUCAACGAGCAAGGUGGUCGAGGAAAUGGACAUCCCGGAGAUAACCCGUUCUAUAGCAACAUCGACAGUAUGCCCGAUAUACGACCGAGGAGAAAAUCUAUACCACUCGUUUCUGAACUUGUUCUCAAGACUAUGGCAGCUACUAAGAGGAAUGCAGGUCUGACAUCAGCUGUACACAGAGCAACGUUGAAUGAUGAAGAAUUGAAAAUGCACGUAUACAAGAAGACACUGCAAGCUCUCAUCUAUCCCAUUUCAUCGACUACCCCUCAUAAUUUCGUUCUAUGGACGGCCACCUCACCCACAUAUUGCUAUGAAUGUGAAGGUUUGCUCUGGGGUAUCGCGCGGCAAGGAGUGAGAUGUACAGAAUGCGGGGUCAAAUGUCACGAGAAAUGCAAGGAUUUACUCAAUGCUGACUGUCUACAGAUGUGUUUCGCAGGGGCUGCCGAGAAGUCGUCUAAACACGGCGCGGAGGACAAAGCCAACUCUAUCAUAACCGCCAUGAAGGAGAGAAUGAAACAAAGGGAACGAGACAAACCAGAGAUUUUCGAAUUAAUCAGACGCGUGUUCAGCAUCGAAGGGGAGGGGCAUUCGGCACACAUGAGCACGGUGAAGCAGUCGGUACUCGAUGGAACGUCCAAGUGGAGCGCCAAGAUCGCCAUCACAGUUAUUUGUGCUCAAGGGCUCAUCGCAAAAGACAAGAGCGGCACCUCCGACCCUUACGUGACGGUUCAAGUCAGCAAAGUCAAGAAGAGAACUCGAACAAUGCCACAAGAAUUGAAUCCAGUUUGGAAUGAAAAAUUUUAUUUUGAAUGUCACAAUUCCUCGGAUCGCAUCAAAGUGAGAGUUUGGGACGAAGAUAACGACCUGAAAUCGAAACUACGACAGAAAUUGACGAGAGAAUCUGAUGAUUUCUUGGGUCAGACGAUCAUUGAGGUUCGCACGCUAUCAGGAGAAAUGGAUGUCUGGUACAACUUAGAGAAGAGGACGGACAAGUCAGCGGUGUCAGGAGCUAUCAGGUUGCAUAUCAACGUGGAGAUUAAAGGAGAAGAGAAGGUAGCACCAUACCAUGUCCAGUAUACCUGUCUACACGAGAAUUUGUUUCAUUAUCUGUGUGAAGAAAAUGGAGGUGCUGUUACAUUGCCCGCGGCUAGAGGGGAUGAUGCAUGGAAAAUAUACUUCAAUGAAAUACCAGAAGAGAUCGUGGAUGAAUUCGCCAUGAGAUAUGGCAUAGAGGCUAUUUAUCAAGCCAUGACGCACUUCCAUUGUCUAUCGACUAAAUACCUGUGCGCUGGCGUGCCGGCUGUCAUGUCUACUCUGUUGGCCAACAUCAACGCGUACUACGCUCAUACAACCGCAUCAUCAGCAGUAUCCGCGUCGGAUAGAUUUGCUGCAUCAAACUUUGGGAAAGAAAAGUUUGUGAAGCUACUGGACCAACUACACAACUCGUUGCGUAUAGAUCUGUCAAUGUACCGCAACAAUUUCCCCGCCUCCAGCGCCGAGAAACUGAUGGAUCUCAAGUCCACAGUCGACCUACUCACCAGUAUUACAUUCUUUAGAAUGAAGGUUCAAGAAUUAAGCAGUCCACCGCGUGCGAGUACAGUCGUCAAGGAUUGCGUCAAGGCUUGUCUCAGAUCUACAUACCAGUUCCUCUUUGAGAACUGUUACGAACUGUACAAUAGAGAGUUUCAGGUGGACCCUAACGAAGCUAAGCGCGACCCAUCUGAUCACGGACCUCAGCUAGAUUCGGUAGACUUCUGGCAUAAGCUGAUAGCACUCAUAGUUUCAGUUAUUGAAGAAGACAGGAACAGUUACGCACCCGUUCUCAAUCAGUUCCCGCAGGAGUUAAACAUUGGUCAGCUUUCGGCGGCGACGAUGUGGUCUCUCUUCGCAGUGGACAUGAAGUACGCGCUGGAGGAGCACGAACAGCACAGGCUUUGCAAGUCUUCUGCUUACAUGAACUUACACUUUAAGGUGAAAUGGCUACAUACAAACUACGUGAAGGAUGUGCCGCCGUACUGCGGCGCGGUGCCUGAGUACCCGGCCUGGUUCGAGCCUUUCGUGAUGCAGUGGCUCAACGAGAACGAUGACGUCUCGCUCGAGUACCUCAACGGUGCUUUUAACAGAGACAAGAGAGACGGGUUCCAAAAGUCCAGCGAGCAUGCACUGUUCAGCAACUCUGUGGUAGAUGUCUUCACACAGCUGACGCAAUGCUUCGAUGUGGUCUCCAAGCUAGAGUGUCCCGAUCCUGAGAUUUGGAAGCGAUACAUGAAGAGAUUCGCCAAAACCAUCGUCAAAGUGCUCGUCGCCUACGCUGAUAUCGUGAAGAAAGAAUUCCCUGAACAUCUAAAGGAGGAGAGAGUGGCGUGUAUACUGAUGAACAACAUCCAACAACUGCGAGUGCAGCUAGAGAAGAUGUUCGAGGCAAUGGGUGGAACCAAACUGGAGCGUGACGCCGCCGACAUUCUGCACGACCUGCAGCAGAGCCUCAACACUACACUCGACGAACUUGCCUCUAUGUUUGCUAACAGCUUGGAGAUCCGCAUAACGGCCAGUGUGAAGGAGCUAGGCGAGUUACUGCAAAAGGUGGGCGGAGGCGCAGCUCCGGGACAACCGCAGCCGCCCGCACACCAUGAGGCAGAUGAAGUACUACGGCCUCUUAUGGACAUACUGGACGGGUCUCUAACGAUGUAUGCAGAGUCGUGUGAGAAGACAGUACUGAAGCGAUUGCUCAAGGAAUUGUGGAAGAUAGUCAUGAAAAUACUUGAAAAGACUGUUGUGCUACCACCGAUGACGGACAAGACGAUGAUGUUGAAAAAUCUGACGAAUAACGCAAAGAACUUGGCGGCCAACGCAAAGAUCGAAGACAUGACGCAAUUAUUCAAGAGUACGGUGGGCAAACAGGACGUGAAGCAUGCCUUGUCCGGUGUCAUGGAUAUUUCUAAAGAGCAUUUGUCAGCCGAAAAGAGUUUAACACCGAAGCAAUGCGCAGUGCUAGACGCAGCGUUAGAUACCAUCAAGUUGUACUUCCACGCGGGUGGCAACGGCCUCAAGAAGACCUUCCUGGAGAAGAGUCCGGAGCUGCAGUCUCUGAGAUACGCUCUAAGUCUGUACACGCAAACCACAGACACAUUGAUUAGAACUUUCGUCACCAGUCAGCAGAAUCAAGACGCUGCAGUGGCGGAGGAGGGCAGCGUGGGUGAGGUAUCUCUGCAGGUCGACCUCUUCACGCACCCUGGCACCGGCGAGCACAAGAUCACCGUCAAAGUGGUUGCCGCCAACGAUUUGAAGUGGGUGAUUGCCAGUGGCAUGUUCCGUCCAUUCAUCGAGGUCAACCUGAUAGGUCCCCACCUAGCGGAUAAGAAAAGAAAAUUCGCCACCAAGUCGAAGAGCAACAACUGGAGUCCGAAAUUCAACGAGACUUUUCAUUUUAUGGUGAGCGCGACGGAACAGCUGGAGCUGUUUGAGCUUCACGUGUGCGUGCGGGACUACUGCUUCGCGCGUGAGGACCGCCUCGUGGGGCUCGCGGUUAUGCGCCUGGCGGACAUCGCGGAGCAGGGUUCAUGUGCAUGCUGGUUGCCAUUGGGUACGCGCGUCAAAAUGGAUGAAACUGGGUGGACGAUACUAAGGAUUCUAUCACAGAGGCACAGCGAUGAAGUGGCGAGGGAAUUCGUCAAGCUCAAGUCUGAAAUGAGGUCGGAGGCUCCCACCGGCAGUCAGGCGCCCGCGUGAGGUCGGGACACCGCUCUUGAUGCACGCAAGAACUUAAUUAAGACAUUCAGAAGACGGGACAAAGGAUCCGGUUGUGAUGUUAUCGUAGUUCCAGUUGACUUGAACGAUACGUACAAUAAUGAACUUUGUCCGGGGCGGCUCGCGCGUGCAGUCUGCGAGGCAGCCCGCCGUACCAAAGCGUUCGACACUGAAGUGUAUCUUCCGAUAACUUCGGUAGUUUUCGGUCAGCGUUCGUUUUUUUUAAUCGAUUUCGUAGACCACAAUGUUUUUUGUAAAUAAAUUAAAUUAAGUUUUGCGUAUAGUGAAGUAUUUUGCACAAAUUGUUGUAUAUUUUUCAAUAGAAGCUGAUCGAUAACGGCCAGAAGCCAAUACUUCCGUUUAGGCAUUCAGCAAAAAUAAUUUAGAUUUAGUUGAAGUUUCUCUUACACAGGCAAUUAUUAACUUUUUAAAUAUUUCUAAUGACAUUUAUUGGACUUUAUGCAUACAAUUGUUGUUGAAUACAGUUUUUACUGCAUGCCUAAAAUGUAUGAAGCAAUCGAUUACAUUCACUUGAUUGUAUUGAUACUUAUAUGGACCAAACUUUCGUAAAUAUGGAUGCAUUACCUAAUCCUUAAUGUUUAAUAUUAAAUCUGCAUAAUUAUUUAUCUAAUCAAUCAUCUAAUCGUUAAAUUUGUACAGUAUUUAAUAUAUGGCCUUAUGUUAAUUAUUUCCUACAUUUGUUGAAAAUUCAUAUGCUUCCGUUGAGGAAUAUGUUAUAGGAGCAUUAAAGCGGUUAUGUGGUGCAGUGAACGAGAGAAACGAUUAACUGGUAUUCAUAUAAACCGCUUCAAAUAUUAUACCCUCAAAUUAACAGACUCGCUUGCCAAUUGUACGUUUAGAGAUACCAUUCGGUCAUAUAUUCAAUGUAAUCCCAUCUCUUGUCCCGUUUUGUGUGAACUAUUUAAUGUUACUUUUGUUUCAAAAAAUGUAAAUAUUCUACAAAAUUACAAUGUUGUUUAAACGUUUAAGCACAUAUUUACCCUUACUUUAAUACGCUUGUCUUGUAAAACGAUAUAUAAAUCUCCUAUGUCUUUUUGUAUAUUAUUGAAAAUUGUGAUAUUGUUAUAAAAAUUAAUAACUGUCGUGGAUGUUUGCGGGAAUAGUUUGGAACAAGUUCAUGCGUGUUUAUUGUUAAAUUUGGCUUCGACGUGUAGUUUGUGGUGGUGUCCGGUCGUGUCCGGACAGACGGAGUUGUGUGUAUCUCGUAUCAGUGCUCAAAUGCAUUUUGUUAUAAUCUAUCAGACGUAGAAAGGUAAUGUUCUCAGUCAGUACGUGUUGAAUUUUGUUGAUAAAUAGCUCAAUUUGAGAAAACAACAUUCACCUCACCUAUCAGCCAAUAUGCAGAGCGUUUUCAGCAAUGAUGUAGACUCUGGCACGUCAAGAAACGUUCUUACCUCGGAAAGUAUACGAUUUUUACGAUACUUUUUGUCACUGACCAAAUCUGUUUUGAUAGUGUUUUAAGGAAUAGUAUUAAGUUUAAGUGUUGAAAGUUGCAAUACAAAGAUAAAGUGAUUCGUAGCACAUGUUUAGAAAAGAACUGAUCGUCCAAUAAUUUAGUAGAAAUGUAAAUUGCCUUUAUAAGAUGUAACAAUGAACAUUGAAGAACCACAGUUUUAGUAGUUACAAUUAGAAGUUGCCUUUGUUUAUAGAAUUUUUGAUAUAAAGUGAGAUCAUAGAUUAAAAUGUUCAAAAGGUAUAGUUCAGUUCACCUACCCUGCAGCGUUUAGUUCACGUCACGGCGUUCACCUGUCUUCCACGGUGGAACGCCGCGUGAACGCCGCGGCGGAGUGACAGCUGGGUCGAUGUGAACGAACCUUACAAAACUGCCGUACAGAGUCUACGCGGAGCUGAAAGCGUGAUCUGAAGCACAUCACUUUACCCACACGGAAAUUAGAUUUUUAAAUAUUAGUAUUUAUAAUUGAUUACAUAUCUGUAGAUAGAGAAUGU